CUUUUUCAUUGACUAAUGAAGAUGCAUUUCGUUCAUUUAAAAAUCUAUAUUUGCAUUCAUGUUCAUAUAUUUUUGAAUCUCAAAUUGCUGACCAGUUCUCAAUUCUGUGGCACCAGAAUUGGUGGUUUAGAUUACUGCUGUGAUAAUUAUUACUACGAUCGAGUGAAGAAUGACUGUAUUGAAUGCCCUUUUGGUUCGUAUGGCCAAAAUUGUUCCAAGGCAUGCACAAAACCCAAGUUCGGCUGGCUGUGCUAUUACACGUGCGAUUGUGAUAUUGAUGAAUGUGACAUCAUAAAGGGGUGCCUCAACGAGAGUGAAUUCAGCACAUUGUUACCUGCCAGCACAACUUUCACUCGAAUGUACGAGUCACCAGUAUCAAAACAAGACUUAAAGACUCCCUAUGGUCAAGCAACUGAAACAUUUCAAAAUACACGGGCAUUCAAAAAUACAGAGAGUAACGCCGGAAACCUGGUGAUCGUGCUUACUAUUUCUAUAGCGUCAGGUGUUAUAGUCAUAUGGAUUGUGGUAUUUGCAAUUUUUUGUUGCAUUACUCGAAAGAAAGUAUCUUUUUUUAAUCAAAAGACAGAAGGAUCUGGACCUGAUUCGAACGAAGUUGUUGAAACGUCGCUUAGAAACCAAGAAACUGACAUAUAUAUGGAAAUUGAAGAAAACCCAGAUAUUUUAGGGGAAGAAAAUAUUAAUAUAGAAGAUGAGAGCACGACUAGGACAAGCUAUGAUCAGUUAUCUAAAUCAGUAUCAGACUCCUCCAGAUACAAUGAAAUCGGUAAAUAUUACACUGAUAUUGAGAAAUACAAGACAUUUACCACUCACAAAGCUUUGCAGAACCAGGUGAAAUUAAAACGACACUUCUCAUGGCACCAUGCAUUAGACACAUCAAGCAUGUCAAGUUCCCCAAAGAAAGCCAACAGUUACAUUGACAUAUGUGAAGACGAUACAUAUUUACAAGCUGUUUAUGCUUUAAAAGAUAUUGUAGAAUGUAGGAAAUUUAUAUAUGCUAAUAUGUCUUCUUGUCAUACCUUGCAUUUUAAUCUUAAUUCCAAUAUAGACAGGACUAGAACAAAGAUUGCGGAGUCGUAUGAUGAUUUUAUAGCUAUUCUGAAUUAA